UUGUUGAUGCUGGUUUACUGGCUUAUUUUUGUGUUCAUUAAACCCUAGAAGAGUUGCUAUCGAUCUGUGGUGAACAUGCUUGUUUCCAGUGUGUCUCUCUCGACAUUUUGUCACAACCGUGAUUGGAUUCCAGCAACUAGAACUUUGGAGUGUAGACAAUGUGUGUGGUGGUAGGGUUUAGUGCACCCAAGGAUUCGUGGCUUGAGGAUUGCGAACACGCCGGGUGUGUAGAGUGCAUGACAGGGAUGGCAGUGACAGCAAUGUGGAGGAAGAAUGAAAUGUAGAUUGGAGUAGCGGAAUGGUGCGACAAUGGCAUGGCAAGGUGUUUCGGAUGCACGCUGGCGAGCUCUCCUCGAUAUUUUCCGGAACUCUACAUCUGCUGUGCAAACGGCAGUGCGCUGGGUGGAGACGCAGGGCUAUGGUGAUGCACUUGGUAAGGCUUCCACGCAGGGGAAUGCGCGAGGAGUCUUGCAGUCCCUGUCGCGCUUCGUGCCGGAGCUGCUGGCAAAACCUGUUGUGGUGAUCGAAGAACAGCACGACAACCCGGGCGCUACAGUGACAAUUUGCAAGUAGUGAGUUGUGGAUACAAACCCUGCCCAAUGCCAUGCAAACCAAUAUUCUCACAUUUUUGAGUGCAGAGCGGCGCCAUUUCCUUUCUAAGGAUUUGGUUGCCCUUGCCUCCACUUUAUUGGCCACCCGUGGCAUUGACUUCUGGGUCAAGCUUGCGGCAUCCAAUUUGCUAAAUGUUCUAAAUGGCGAACCCGACGAAAAGAUGCUGUGCUUGGAGCAGAACUGUGCACCUGGCCAAAAUUCUGCGCUAGAACAAUACUCGUCCUUGCCUAGUUGGAUCGAGGAGUACAAGGAAUUACGAUCGGUGCUGUUGUCAGGGCUUACCCUGCGACAUGAAGAUGUCAUACCCAGAAAUGACGAGGAUCCAUUGACACAGGAAGGACUUGCCAAGAAUGUGGCCGACAGCGUUGACAAUAAUAGAGUUUUAAUGGAUGAGGUAGAGAUUUCAACUGCUCGCCCUGAGACAUGUUCACAAACCGCAUUGGGCAAACGGAAGCGCGAUCCAGAGCCAAGGGUCAUCUCUCAAGCCACAUCACCUCAUGUACAGGUUCAGGAAAGCCAAGGACCAGAAGAAACAAUGCCUGGAGGGGAACACCUUGAGGCCGUGAAUGAUGAGGACGAGAAGUCAGUAAGGGAGUUGCUUGGGAAUGAUUUAUUUGAAAAGGCGAAAAGUCUCGGGAUAGCUCUUCAGUCAAGGUCUUCUCAUGAUGGCUUACCUUUCGACAUUGACAUAUUGUCCAAAGCUCCAAACCUGUCUCGUGUUCUCAAAGUUAUCAAGCCAUGGCUGGUUACCGAUGAGACAACCAGUUUGCUUGUAACAAGCCUGCUCGGUGAACAGUCUGGGUAUGCUCAAUCAACACAGAUUUUAACACAUGUGCUCCUUCCCAAGCUAAUAAACAUGGAAGAACCUCCUUCAAGAAUUCUGAGUUCCGCGGUGCUGCAGGCAGGUAAGGCCCAUCCACGAGCGACUAUAGAUGCUGUUGUAAUUCCUCUUCUGUUAGAGACGGAUGUUUCUGGCUCAACAUUAAAAUGUGAUCUCAUUAAUAGGGUGGUGAAGGAGUGUUUUUCUCCCGAAGCAGCUUCUUCUUUAUGCAAUAGGCUCUUCUGUCCUCGGAAUUGGGUCUGGACCGAUGGUACAGUAGGGGUGGUGCAAACCCUCUUGAAUCAGAAGGUAUCACUGGAGGAAGUCGCUCUAGAAGGCCUGAUUUCUUUGUUGGAGCUAAACUGCAAUCAGUUUUCAGCCUCUUUGAAAUUCAGCAAUCUAUUGCUGAACUUAGUAACAAAGUAUGGAUCUCAGGUCAGGCCAUACAAACAAGUACUCCAACAGGUUGUUUCAAGCUCAAAAACUUUUUUGACAAAAUCCAUUUUGACGAAAGUCUCUGCACUUUAAGGUAAUCUGCAUUAUGUGGUGUUUACAGAUGUAAAGAUGUAAUCUAUGUAUUACGAGCACUUCCAGCACUCAGCUCUAAUUUCAGCAUCUACGAAUAUUUCAGUCUUUUGCUUGAU